UCGAGCUGCGCUCCACUUGCGCAGCCAACGCCACCGUUUCAUUUAUUCAGACGAUCAACUAAUCCCAACACGCAAACGAAUAUUUUCUCAGCAAAUUAACUUUUAAACAAUUUCCUGUCAACAUACAUUUCGUGAACAAACAAGAUAAAUCAGCGUUGCAUUUGUCGGGAACUUAUCGUGGAUACAACAACAUACCUGGGAUUUUUCUCUCUGUUCUCUCCAAGUAAUCGUAUUGACCGCAAUCUACAGUGUUGUCAUUUAAAAAACUAAUUUGGCGUAUCGGUACGGAUACCAAUACGUUGCCAUUUAUGACAGACUGAAUAACUGCUAUGACAGGGAAACUAGCGGAGAAGCUCCCUCUUACGAUGAGCAGUUUAAUAAACAUUCCUGAAAGCCUUUACCCCGAAGAGGAAAUUCCUACGUCUAUGUCUAUGAACAUUUUCACCAGCACGGAUUCUAUUUCACACUACUCUCAGAUGAAUACAGAUAAUAUCAUGGAUUUGGGGAUGGGAAGUGAAAAAGGCACUGGCGAGCUCCAGUACAGCUCGAGUUUCCCACCAAACCGCAGCGGACAGACAGUAACCUACCUGGGGAAGUUUGCCUUUGACGCACCUCCCUCUGGCGGGAUAGGGGGUUCAGGCUGGUGCUCGGACAACAACAUCAUUAGCCUGGUGAGCGCCGGUAUCCUGGGCGUGUCCCCAUCUCCCGGGACCAUCACCACCCAGACCAGCUCCUCCGGGGGCUCCAUGGCCGGCCAGUCGUCAGACAUGGAGCAGGUGUACGGAGCUCCGCUGCCCCCUUACUCCACCUGCAGUGACAUGUACCAGGACCAGGUCUCCUUCCACCACAGCCCGGCCACCACAACGACCCCACUGCCCUACCCCGGCACUGAUUACCACACCACCUCCAAACCCUCCAUGGACAGCACCCUCUUCUCCAUGAUCCCCGACUAUAACCUCUUCCACCACCAGGGGGAGGUGGGCGUGAUGGAGCACAAGCCGUUCCAGACCAUGGACCCCAUCCGCGUCAACCCUCCCCCCAUCACUCCCCUGGAGACCAUCCGGGCCUUCAAAGACAAGCAGCAGAUCCACCCGGGGUUCAUGGGUGGGCAGCAGCAUGCGGCCCAGCACCACCAGCCCCCCCAGACUCUCACCCUCAAGCCCAUCCGGCCCCGGAAGUACCCCAACCGGCCCAGCAAGACCCCCGUGCACGAGCGACCUCACGCCUGCCCGGCGGAGAACUGCGACCGGCGCUUCUCGCGCUCGGAUGAGCUGACGCGUCACCUGCGCAUCCACACGGGCCACAAGCCCUUCCAGUGCCGCAUCUGCAUGCGCUCGUUCAGCCGCAGCGACCACCUGACCACCCACAUCCGCACGCACACGGGCGAGAAGCCCUUCUCCUGCGACUUCUGCGGCCGCAAGUUCGCCCGCAGCGACGAGCGCAAGCGGCACGCCAAGGUGCACCUGAAGCAGAAGGAGAAGAAGCUGGUGGACAAGGCCGGCGUGGUGGCCGGGAGCAGCCACAGCUCCCCCCCCAGCUCCUGUGGCAGCACGGGCGGCGGCACCGGGACCAUCAUGACUGUCACCACCUGCGCUUAGCAACCGGCCACGCCAGCGCCUAAGACAAGACUGGAAAAAAAAAAGGAGAGGCCUGCUUUUCACAAUGAGAAGAUAUAGGACUCCCAUGCUAUCUCUUUCUGUUUCUCUCUCCCUGUCUCUCUCUGUCCCUCUCUCUGCCUUUUUGUUUCCAGAUGGGAAGCCCUUCCCUUCAUUUUACGAUGGACUCUUUUGUUUUAAGAUUCGAGGGGAAGCGGGAGAGAAUCGGUUCCGUCCGUGCAGCACAGAGAGGCUGGAAGGCCCAGCUGCCGCUCGGAGGAGCGGGAUGGCCCUUCCUCCGUGGUACUUCUGUGAGGCUGUGUUAAACAAUUGUGGAAUUGCAGAUCGAAAUUCCAGCAGUUUUUGUUUCCUGAAUCUGUAAAGAUCCUCCUUGAACCUGGAAUGAGGCGGGAUAUCAGGCCAGGGUUAGGCUGAGGUUUGGCUAAAAUAGGCAGAAUUUACUAUGCAGCUCUUUGUGAAAUCAAGUGAGCUGUUCUUGGUUAUGUCAGGGUUAUUUGGUAUUUUUGUUUAUGUGUCUGUUUGUUUUAACAGUACAAUGGAUAGUGUUUGCUUACUGUUGAUGAUACCUUAUUUGCUGCACUUUGGUUUGCCUAUCUUCCUGUUAAACCUGUAAUGUUUUUAUAUACAUAAUUACUGUACAACAGAAUGUGCCAAAAAUAGAGUGUGGUGGCCAAAUUAAUUUCUGAAUUGUGCUGGGAUUGAGCAAAAAUUUCAGGUAUAUGAAUAGCAUUUCAGGUGUUCAUUACAUGGCUGAAUUGUUUGCCUUCACCCUUAAAGUAUUCAAAGGCUCUUUGUGUUGUGUCAUUUGUCCAAUGCCAGGCCUACUACAGAGGCAGGGGACCCUGAUGUAGUUUUAACCUUACAUAGCUACAAUACAUACUUCCCAAAGGAGUGUCACGUCCAUUUACCACUGCUGGGCAGUCCAACAUUAAUAUGAAACAAAGUGAAGCAUGCUAAUGAGGAUGGGGUACUUUGGCAGGGGGAAGACUCUGUCUUAAUUAAACACUUGCAGACCAUCCGUCAAUAACAAAAUGCUAUUUGUUUAAUACAUCAGCAUUGAUUAAGACAGGAAAUAAUUUCCUUUCAUCUGAUUUCCAUGCGGCCCGAUUUCAAAAUGUCAGAACGCUGGUUUUCUUUGCUGUUCAAAUGUUAAGAUAGUGGCUGUUGUGGCAAAUUGCUAUUGUUUUAGCUCACACGUGUAUCUUUGAAAUGGAAGAGCUUGAUAUUUCUCUUUUGUCCUUACUGUAAAAUGCUUAUGGUUUUGAAUGAUAAUGUGCACAAGCUAUCUUUGAGUAAAGCAAAUACAAUUGAAUAAGAUGGAUAUUUAAAAAAAUAUCUCACUGUAUCAUAGCUUACAAGGUGCAUCACAAAAAUCUAUAAACAAAAUGCUAUUAAACUUCCACUGUAAAUAUAUGCAGUGUGGAUGCAACUGAGAAUUCUUGUCAGACCAGCAGAGAACAGUGGAAAAUAAUGACACAUAAACAUUUUGAAUGUAUAAGAUGUCGUUUUACAAACAAAAGUGUUGCUCUGUUUGUUUGUUUGUUUUUUUAAUAUCUGGUUUUGGUCUUGAUGAAAUGCUGUUACAUAGCCAGUCUUGUACUGACAUAUGCUUUUUAAUAUCACCUUCAUAUGCUGUCUGAAAAUAGAACCUCUGCCGCUCUAUUGUAAACCAACAUCAUUUCUGAAUAUGACAAGGGUUGGAUUUUAAAGCCUUUACAUGUGUAACUGUUGACUGAAGCCUGCCAGCUAUAUGCCUGCCUAGUGAGACCUUGUUUCAAUGAGAACUGUUCAAAUAUUUUGCAUACCACUCCAAGCUUCAAACACAGUGCGAUGGGACUCGAUUUUUAAAAGUAUCGUAUCGCCACGGUUACAAUUCAUACUGGAAACAUGAUGGGAGAUUUGAAACAUAUAACUGAGGGAUUGAGAAAUUUUGUACAGAAAUAAAUUAACAUAUAUUACUACAUCUUUUAUACCCAGAAUGUAAAAAGCGCAGUAGCUGUCUUCAGUAUUAAAUGUUGUGAGUGUGUGUGUAUGUGUGAAUAUGUAUGUAUAAUAUAUAGUAUAUAUUAUACAUAUAAAUUAUAUACGCAAGCACAACAAAAUUGACUGAAUGUUUAUACAGAGGAUUUCUUAAAAUGCUUUUCUUUUUUGAUGAAGCAGACUAUUUGUAUAUACAGUACAGAAUGUUUUAUGGUGAUUAGACUGUUUGCGCAGAGAAGUUAGCUGUCUGUGUUUACAGCCGGGGGGAUGGACAGCCCUGUACAGCCCAGAGAGGAGCAUUGAGACAGUGUCGCACAUGGUGCGUUCUCCAUUUCUUUUAUUUUUAAAAUAUCAAAUGUUUUACGUGAUGUAAAUAUAAAAAGGAUUUUAAAAAAUCCUGGAGACACUGAAUGAGGUGUUUAUAAAAUUAAUAAACAAAAAAGAUAUUUGAAAAA